AUGAAUAGAAGCAGGCCAGGCACGCCUGGCACCCCAGGGUCCAAUAUCGGACCCAUGGGUGAGCGCCUCCAGCCCGAUUACUUCCAGCGCAACAAAGCUGGCACUCCUACACCCGCCACACCGCAGGCCGAGCACACCGAGCAGCCCGCCAGCGGCGCCACCACCUCCGGCACGACCAGCGGAACCGAUUCCGGCCGCGCGACACCGGCGCCGCAGCAGCCGCAGGCCCUCGGCGAGAAGUGGGCGCCCGGCCGCUCUCAGCGCCCAGACGGCAAGGUCGAGCUGACCGAGGCGGACGCCUGGGAGGAGCUGGGGUACUGCUUCCCGACGUGGAAGAAGUGGACCAUCCUGACGGUCAUCUUCGUGGUGCAGACGUCGAUGAACUUCAACACGUCGCUCUACUCCAACGGCCUGGCCGGCAUCUCGGAGAAGUUCCACGUCAGCGAGCAGGCGGCGCGAGUGGGCGCUGCCAUCUUUCUGAUCACGUAUGCUUUUGGCUGUGAGCUUUGGGCGCCGUGGUCUGAGGAGUUCGGUCGCAAGCCGAUCCUCCAAGCGUCGCUCUUCCUCGUCAACAUCUUCACUCUCCCAGUUGCGCUCGCGCCAAACUUUGGCUGCCUUCUGGCCGGCCGUGCACUCGGCGGUCUCUCCUCGGCUGGCGGUAGUGUAACUCUGGGAAUGAUUGCCGACAUCUUCGAGGCCGACAACCAGCAGUAUGCUGUCGCUUACAUUGUUUUCUCGUCUGUCGGCGGUUCCAUCCUGGGCCCCAUCAUUGGCGGCUUCGUCGAGCAGUACCUCGCCUGGGAGUGGGCGAUCUGGAUCCAGCUUAUCUUCGGCGGCUUCGUUCAGAUCCUGCACCUGAUCCUCGUCCCCGAGACCCGCACCACCAUCCUGCUCGACCGCAUCGCCAAGAAGCGCCGCAAGGCCGACCCCAACUGCAACCUGUACGGCCCCAACGAGCUCGAGCCCUUCCGGGAGCGCUUCACCUUCAAGGAGCUCAUCUGGACCUGGAUCCGGCCCUUCCGCAUGUUCCUCACCGAGCCCAUCGUGCUCACCCUCUCCCUCCUGUCGGGCUUCUCCGACGCCCUGAUCUUCAUGCAGAUCCAGUCCUUCGCCCUCGUCUACAAGCAGUGGAACUUCACCGCCGUGCAGACGGGCCUGGCCUUCAUCCCCAUCGGCGUCGGCUACGUCCUCGCCUGGCUCUCCUUCGUGCCCGCCAUCGCGCGCAACAAGGCCCAGCGCCGCGCCAAGCCCCAGAGCGAGCACGCCCAGUACGAGUCGCGCCUCUGGUGGCUGCUCUUCACGGCGCCCUGCCUGCCCAUCGGCCUCAUCAUCUUCGCCUGGACCAGCGGCGGGCCGCCCGUCCACUGGAUGGGCACCAUGGUCGGCUCCGCCGUCAUCGGCAUCGCCAACUACUCCAUCUACAUGGCCACCAUCGACUACAUGAUCUGCGCCUACGGGCCCUACUCGGCCUCGGCCACGGGUGGCAACGGCUGGUCCCGCGACUUCCUCGCCGGCGUGCUCACCGUGCCCGCCACGCCCUUCUACUCCAACAUCGGCGGCCGGAAGCACCUCGAGUACGCCAGCACCAUCCUCUUCUGCAUCUCGGUGCUCCUCGUCGUCUUUGUCUACGUCAUCUACUGGAAGGGCCCCGCGCUGCGCGAGCGGUCCCCCUUCGCCCAGAGCCUGGCCAGCGCGGCCAAGGAGGCCGAGGCCUCCGCGCCGCCGGGGACGCCAGUCGGGGCGCAUGGACGGCGUAUCUCGCGCCUGCCCAGCGCUCAGAUCGGAUAUGCUGGGUUCCAAGAGCGCAGGAGGAGCUCGGCGGCGGCCAGAAGCAGCGCGGCAAAUAGUCGCCGCAGCAGUACUGUCGGCGGUGGCAGCCGUAGGAGCAGUGUUGUCACGCCCGGUGCAUCGAGACCCGGACUUGCGGGGCGGAGGACGGGAAGCUAUGGGUUCAGUGGUGUGGCAGCAUCCGAGAGAAACAAGUCGAGUGCUGGAGGCUCUAUUUCACCUGGAGGUGCUGCAGGUUCGCAGUCGGAGGUUCCUGUUGACACCACGAGGCACAGGAUGCAUCAGGCUGAGCUGAGAGAGUGGCAGCAGGAUAUGAGCAGGAGGAACAGUUUGAUUCGGGAGGUUACUGUUGAGUCGGAAAAGGGUAGGAUGUAA